AUGAUCGAGUAUGUUACGGAGUAUUUGAGUAACUAUUUAGCUGAUACUCCGAGUGGGACAUACAUUGUUGUCCAAGUGCUUCAUGAGAAUAACUCCUUGAUGUUGACGGCUCUGCAUGAUAAGCAGCAUUCGACAUCUGCGGGGAUACCUGGCAAGUGGAUUACUACAUUACAGUUACAAGAUUGGAAAAUCUACAUUGUCUAGAAUAAUUCAGCACGUUUUCCCAGUAAUAUGGGAAAAAAUGAAAAACGUUGUCAUGAAGAAACCAAAUAAAGAAAAGUGGAAGGAAAUAUCAGAUGGAUUUAAAAAACACGCAAUGUUUUCUAACUACAUCGGCGGUCUGGAUGGGAAACACGUGCGAAUCAAAUAACCAG